GGGCGGCGGGAGCGGCUCGGCCGGGAACUUCCUGAUGCCGAAGUCGGGCAGAGGGGAGCCGGGCUGGGCAGACAUGAAGGGGAGCCUCUUCCAGGACUUCAUCCUCCACUAUGAGGCCGGGAGCCGGGAGGGAAGCGCCGUGCUGUACGGAAGAGGGGCGGACGGGGCGGCCCCGGGGCUCCUCUACACUCAGCUCAUCAAAGAGAACUUUGUGAGGAGGAAGCGGCAGGACGGGGCUGACAUCAUCGCACACAUGAUGAAAGGAUUCGCCGUGCUGGAGCUCAUCUGUGUGAAUCUCUUCCUGUACCCCUGGAGGAAGGAGAUCCGGACCCUGAAGAAAUUUACAGGUAAUUUUGUCUACUUUGUUGAGCCCGUCAUUCCAGAGAAGACCGUAAGACAGAUCCUUCAGCGAGUGGGGUACUCGGUAGUCACAGACACUGAGUAUAUAAUCGGAGGGACGAUUAAUAUAGAGGAAGCCAAACUUACUGCCUUUGAACUAUACCUUGCAAGACUUCACUGUGAAAAACUUCUUUGUCUGAUCAAGGAGAACAGGUCGGACUGUACGGAUCUUCUGUUCAGUGAACUCAAUUUAGAGAUUAAAAACGAAAAAGAAAAUUCCGAGCAAUGUCGGAAACGUAACAGCCAGAUUGCCAACCCCGAGAACACCAAUGACGCAAACCAUUUAAAUGUGCAGACCAAAAUGUUUAAGAACAUCCACAGAAAGGACUCCAAAAAGUCUGCCGCUGGUUUUGGCCUACCUACAGCGCCGCAUCGCAGGCAGGAGGACUCCACUGGGGAUUCCAACUACGUUUUAAGCAGGCACUUGGACAGCGAUGAGUUCCUGACUAAAUACAGCGAUCUAAACUUGGCCCAACAACCUCUCGUGCCUUUACAGAACAGAAAAACCUAUAUAAGCCCUCGAGGGUUAAAAGAGACAUUUGAAGAACCAACAUUUUCCAAAGCCGGUAUCCCAGAAUCCUCCAGUAAUGAACUUGAGCCAGAUUUGUAUAAAGCCGGAGAUAUGGUGUACAGAGUACCAGUGGAGACGUCUGACGCCGGGCCAACUAUAAUUUGCCACAACACACUGGACUCCAAGAAGCCUCUUGACCGCAACAUGUCUCCGAUGGAAAUGAAUGUGCCAAAUCAACAAACCCAGUCGGAGAGGUUGGUGAUCAAACUGAAGAUGGGGAAAACGGCUGAUGAGAUGGCCUACCCUGUCGAAGAAACAUUACCACCAGAUCCAAAAGAGUUUUCUUACAGUAGUCAGUUUUGCCCUAGGGAUCCAAAAUGGACAUGUCUACAGAGCAGGGAGGCCAUGGAAGAAGUGGCGGGUGCGGCCUCGUUUUCUUCGGGCUUCUCCAUGCUCAAUGCCACAGCCGGCAAAGGGGCAGAAUGUGUAGGUGUGGACAACUUGCAUCGACUCCGAGAGCCUCCGAGUUCUAUGUACAUUCCACCUGAAGGAACAAUGAGACAGUGCCUGAGAAUCGCCGACCUCCAACCAGAAGAAAAUCAUUACCAAGCCCCUUCUCUACCAGACAUGGUUCAGGUCGAUGAGACUUUGUUUAAAGUACUUGAGGAUACAAAAGAGGAUUAUGUGAUGAUAACAAAAAAUCAGCAACCCUAAAGCUGAACUCCAGGCAAAUAUACAGUACAGACCAAAAGUUUGGACACCCCUUCUCAUCCAAAGUUUUCUU